CGUCUACCCAUUGCCCCAGAAACGUUCUGCAGCCUAGGUCUGCGGCGCAGUUUGGCCUCCAAGGCAAUUCUCAUCUUCUAUGUACUUGGAAUUCUUGCCCUCUCGGAUGCCGCUGGAAACAUUACGGACGUCCGGACAACGUUCUGCCAAUUGAGGCAUCUCUAUACAGCCAUUGGCAUAUGACCAGCGCUACAUCGACACCAGAACCGGGUGUUGGGAACGGCGGCGACACAUCUAUCGAUUUAACAUACCUUUCUCAUUUCUCUAAACACCUUGACCAUGUCCGUGCACACUUAUCAGGCAGGGACAGGAGCGGCCGGCUCCCUCCCUCAUUCUUCCCACCCAGCGCGUACUGGACGAGUGCUGAGAAGGAUCUCUUCUUCCACGCGCUCGCCAUACACUCCCGUCUUAGACCAGACUUGAUAGCCGAGGAGAUCAAGACGAAGAGCGUUGUCGAUGUGUGCUUAUAUGUCCAGCUGCUGGAGAACGGCGCUCGUACGAAUGGUCCUGUGCUUCGAAAGGACUUUCUGACAGCCUUGAAAGUCUCUGAUGCCCUGGUCGCUCUGGAGGAGCAGAAGGCGCAGCCUUUCCUAGACGCAGAACCUACAUGGGAGAGUCGGGAAUUGCAGGAAGCACGACAGGAGGAAUUGGAGGCUAGGGAAAAAGCGGUGCGAGCUCGCAGAGGUCAGGCGCAGUCGGAGAGCAGCGAACAUUAUCGAGAAGAUGUCAGGCAGAGGAAGAAGGAAUUCAAGCAAUGGUUGAAGGAACGGAAGGAAGAGUGGAAGGUGGAAGACACUCUGCGAGCUUUGGGCUGUGCUACUCUCGAGGCCAUGAACCGAGUUUUAAGGGAAGAAGACGAGGCGGCGUUGCAGAUGGACGACGACGCUAGUGUUCCACCGGACGAUACCAACCAGGAAGCUCAAGAGGUCCACAGUGUUCGUGGCGACCAGCCGGUGGCUGAGGAGCAACAUGCUUCUCAAGGACUCGAGCAGCCUGUUGCGGGCACGCCCAACGACGAGAUGAUCGACCCGAUACUUCGCAAUCAAUCGCAGAGUCUGCAGUCUACUGUCGUCAGCGAAGGCGCGCCCGCACCCCGUCAUAGUCAUUGCCCUGCUGCACCGCCACAUAUGCUUCCACAUCACCAAUUUCGUCCCCAGACACCUCCAUUUCGUCCUUCUCCUCUUCCUCCCACAUCUAGCGAACCCAUCAGUCGCGCCAGUUCGGUGGUCUCCAAGUCCCAGCUCGACCCCGACCUCGCUGCUGCGCGACGUCUGUUCCAGAAGCGACUUCACAUGAGGAAGAAACGCGCGGAAGCUCGCGGAGGUGGUGUCGUAUCCACAGCUUCCAAACUCAAGCCAGGCCGAAAACGCGCAGCCAAGGUUCUCAGAGGACCUGGCACGGACGUAAAGUCCACGAGCUGCAUCAAGCGACGCGCAUCUAGCGGUGAAGGCGGCGGCGGCGGCGAUGACGACGAUGAACCGGCCGCGGAGGGUACUGACGAAGAGCGGGGUUCAAUGGACAAUCAAGCUCCCGCGGAAGCUGCUCGCAAAGACCGUUCUCGUCGCUCACAUGUCUCAGGCUUGACGCUCCCUUACAAGCUUCUCAAGAAGUUAAGAGAGAUAGGCCUUGACGCGGAUGAGCUACAGGAGCAAUAUGUUGGAGCUCUGAAUCUCAAAGGCUUGGCCAGACUCAUGCGACUGUACAACCGCCUUCAUGACGUUGAUUCUACUAUAUCUUCGCAAAUCUCGUCGGACGUGAUUCGAUUGCUGAACGCUCACCUCUCGCAAUUCAUCACGGAACUGAUUCAUUGCGUCGUCGUUCUACGGGAGCAGGACCGGGAGUCCAAGAGAAACACCAAAGGCUGGCGUCUGGGGAAGUUUGACCGUAUCUCCCACGUGCACGUUGAACAAGCCUUGGUAUUGAUGGGCUGCGAGAGCAUUAACAAGAAGGAACACUUCGACAUCCUCCUUCAGCGUUCCGGUUUGGCGGAGGACGAUUCUGAUGGCGCGCCUGGUGAGAAAGAUGUAGCAAGUGGGGACUCGUCGUCCGAAGACGAGGCCGAUGACGAGCGCGAGGCCGACGAAGUAGAACAGGAUGACGAAGAUGACGAAGAUGAGCAAGUAUUCGACCCUCACAGGUUCCCAUUGCAUCGCGCCGUGGCUCCUCCCCUGGUCUAUUAUCCGGCAGCCGAGUCCUCGCCUUCAGCGAGCGGUGUUCCUCGCUCUCUGGAUGUCUCUUUGUAUAUGCCCUGGCCGGCAUCUACGGCUUCCGCCGAACCUCCCGCUGAAGAAGACCUCAUGUCGGACGAGACGGAAACUGACGCGCUAGUGGAAGAGCUGAUUGACGAGGAGCAGCUCGAUGAACAUGAUCGCCUCCUGGAAGAAGCCUACGAAGAGAGUUUGUGGACCGAAUUAGCGGGCUCGCCUCCCCCGGAGAUGCAACGACGACCCAAACGCAAACGCAAGCGGUCGUACGAUGACGACGGAGAGGACGAGUAUGAGGGUUGAAGCUUGAAGAUCAGCGCCAAGGCAAAUCUGGUAGAGGUCACCGGAUGGCGUGCGAUGACAUGCAAAAGUAUCCUGUAUAUAGUGAUCAUCUAUCGCUACUUUCUACAUGUACAGCAUCUAGUCGAUCGUAUAGUAUAUACCACCUUAAUCGGAAGUAUGGACUUUAACAAACGGGUUUUUGUCUCACGCUACUUAUCUCGACAUCUGUGGACGGUGGACGUGCGAUGAUCAUAGUA